GAUAAGAUUGAAAAUUUUGUCAUUUGAAUUGUUGGUGUUGCGAUAGGCGUUGUGGUUGCCGUAGAAUCUACAAACUUUUUUGUUUUUAAUAAAGAAAAACGCACUUUCUGCAAUAUAUUUUCCAAACGUGAAUGUUUGCAGAAGUAAAUAUAAAUACAAACCAAUGGGAAAUUCAAACUCCAGGAGUGACUCCGGAAGUGAUGCGCCGAAUGGAGGGUCAGGUGGUGCUAAGGAAAAACCCCCCAGAUCCACGCAAACUAUUCCUAUAGGUGAUGGAAAUUCAAUUAUUAAUAAUAAUGCUAUGUUAAAAGCAGAGCGAUCCCUGAGCAGAUCUGCAUCAGGUGCGGAUGUUACGGAGAAGUACUUAACUCAGCUCGUGCCUAUAGAAAAAUUAUCCGAAAUUCUCAAAGAAAAGUCUGCUAAGCACGGAGUCAAUGGCAUUGUUUCAGACGUGUUUGURUCACAAGUUUUUCCACAAUAUGCUGAUUUAGGCAAAAGAUUAUUUCGCCUAAUGCAUUUAGCGUCGAAAGCUAGAACUGCUUAUUUAGGUACAGUGGCAUUCCGCCAGCAAUGCGAACGUUUUCUUGGUAUAAUGGAUGAUGAAAAAAUUUUAGAGUGUUAUAUAAAAAUGUACGCGGAGGAAGACAAUCCAGACUUCAUUACAAAGGAGGGUGUUACACGUUUACUUUUCAUUUGCUACACAAUAGCUAUGCAGCAUUCAGGCAACGCAGUUCUCUGUCCAGCAAUUAACCGAACAUUUGGUUCGGUGACUAAAUCAAUAUUUUUUAGCCACGACAUCCUUAGUSUUGGUUUUGUUUGUCGUUGGUUUGAACAGAACCUUAUUCGUUUAGUAUUGUUGGUGCACAAAUACUGUUUACACACAUUGUCAACUUCWUAUAGAGGUCUCGAACAACAAACUCAAUCAUGCGGAAUAGAACUUCAAACACCAGUUUUAGAACAACGAAAUCCAUUCCCGGAUGCAGGUAGUAAGGAUGCUGGUGUAUCGAUCUUUGAAUCUUUAAUGCCGUUAUCUCAGGCAUGGUUAUUGGCUGGAGGACUACCUCCCCUAUAUUCUAAGCCACAGACGAUACAAUCACCAAAUUCCAAUAAAUCAUCUGCAGCUCAAAUCUUUAAAGAGAAACUUUCUAUGAUGCCCUCGCAUUGGACUUUACUGUAUGACUCAAAUGAACAUGGUUUAGGCGCUAAUCGCUUUUUGCAUCACGUGCUUGGUUAUCGCGGCCCAACGCUUGUAUUGAUACAUACCAAGGACGAUCAGACAUAUUGCAUCGCUGCGCCAAGUGAAUGGAAAGAAACUCAUUUAUAUACAGGAGGCGAAGGCAGUUGUAUAAUCCAACUUUUUCCAAAAUUUGUGAUAUUGGAGAAAAAGCCUAACAUUUUAUACUUAAAUACAAGCAUACGUGGUUAUCCAAAGGGGCUUCGCGCCGGUUCAGAUCCACGUAAACCUGUUAUCGCUGUGGACGAACACUUCGAAAAUGUGGAUUGCAAAGGAUUAGCUGCUGUGCUAACUGCUAUUGAGGUAUGGGGCUGCGGUGACAAGGCAUCACGUGAUGUGCAAUUGGAUAUUAAGAAAUGGCAAAUCAAGGAAGCUGAACGGCAACGGACUGUAAARUUAACUGCAGCUGAUUGGAUGGAUCAUCCUGAUCGCUACCUAUUAGAGCUAGGCGGCCGCACAAAUUACAAUAAUUGAUAAAUAUACACCUUUUGUUGAUGAAUGCGGAAUUUUUCGUGCCUUUAACCACUGGCGUUAGYAAUAGUUAUUAACAACAAAAUUUAUACGAGUUGUGUUUCGCAUAUUUAUAAUGUUUGGGUAAUUUAAAACCUUAAAGCAGAAAAGACUUGUCUCGACAUAUUGUUCAGUCAGUCAAUGAUUCCAGUGUUCUAAUUUUAAGUGUUUUAACGUUAUUUCGAUCCGUAUUUUGUAUUUAGUUUGUCGUUAAAAAUAUUUUAGUAUAUACUCGGUGGACAGUCAUUUUGACUGUACAAUAAUUUAAAAAAAAAUUUUUUUUAUUUCUAAUAGACGACAAAUAUAUAUGUUCUAUAUAUAUCACCGUAUAU